AUGCAGGAAACAACAGGAGUUGGAACAGAGGGUAAUUCUCUGCUCAAGGCGGUCUACUUGAGUCGACUGCGACUGACUCGGCUUCUCCUUGAGGGAGGGGCUUACAUAAAUGAGAGUAAUGAGCAUGGCGAGACACCACUUAUGGUAGCCUGCAAGACACGUCAUACUGAUGCUCAGAGUGUACCCAAACACAAGAUGGUUCGGUAUCUUCUAGAAAACGGUGCUGAUCCAAACAUUCAAGACAAGAAGGGGAGAACGGCUCUGAUGCAUGCAUGCCUUGAAAAAACUGAGCCUGAAAUUCUGUCCUUGCUGCUCAGUAAUGGAGCUGAUCCAACUCUGGAGGAUCACGCGGGUUUUUCAGCAUUAGUUUAUGCAAUCAAUUUAGGUAACAGGGAUGUCCUUGCUGUCCUCCUGGAAGCCUGCAAAGCAAAGGGUAAGGAGGUUAUUAUUAUCACUACCAACAAGAUGCCAUCUGGCCAACAGAUGACAAAGCAGUACCUUAAUGUUCCUCCACCUCCCGAUCUUGAGGAGCGUCUACAUUGCGUCCCAGCAUCUAGUUGCAUGUCGUCAUAUCCACAAGCGUCUCUGCAGGGCCCCUCAGCAACUGCCUCUUCCAAAUAUGGCAGUUCCUUUCUCGGUUUCAGAGAUCCCCCAAGUUUAGACGUGGGACCUAACCAAGGAACAUCUCCACCAGGUUCUCCAACACAGCAUCCUGGAUCUUCAUGUGUUUCUGGUACGGACAAACAUUUUAAACAGCGGCCCAAGAGUCCUUCCACGUUGAUCCAGCAGCAUCAGGCCUCAUCUCUUAAUGAGGAGCAGGUGGAACUCACUCCUGAGGACGAACUAUCCUUCCGAGUCAAUAGUCUUGCUAUUCAAGGAAGAGCCUCAUUUGUUUCCCGCCACCACAGUAUUGAUGUCAAAGAUGCAACAGGGAUCCUGAAAGCACUGGAAAACAUGUCAGGAAACGAAAGCAGGCCAGGAGGCGGAAGACGAGGCUUUGGUCGAAAAAUGUCGUACGACAGCGCUGCGAGUUCUUUGCAUUCUGCUUCUCACCCAAACUUGCACCAAGACAGCCUCGCCUUCCACCGUGAGUCCAGUCCUGUGGACGAAGACUCCUCCGACAGUCUGAGACAGCUGAACGUUUCCAGUCUCCAAAAUGUGGUGCGUUUGCGAAACAUUGGAAUCAACCAUUACAGUUCUGACUCACAGUUGCUGCAGUUCGGUGGUCGAGACAAAACAUUGAAGAGCGGAUCGGGACAAGAAAGGCAGAAAGGGAACAGCAGAGCCUCCACUCUGUCGGGCUCUAGGGAGUCAUUAGAGAGCUGUGUCCAGCGACGGCGUACUGCUGGACUGGAACGGAGAGGUUCGGGAGCUCUUCUUUUGGAUCACAUUGCACACACUCGCCCCGGAUACCUCCCUCCUAUAAACCCCCAUUCCCCCAUACCGGAUAUUGGGUCCAAGUCAAGCUCUUCUUAUUCUUUCAUUGACGGUAAAAAGACGAUGAGCGGUGGUCUAAUGGGACCAAAGCCUGUUUUACCAUGUGCUCCUGUUUUCCCGCAGGAUCUAAAGGCUCAGAAAAUGCUCUGGAGACGCCACUCGAUGCAGAGCGAACAGAUUAAACAGUUGGUCAAUUUUGAAGAAAUCUUUGGUGACUAG